AUGUCCACCGAGAACUACGACCCCUACUACCCCGACCAGCCGGUGGUCGACCAGUACCUCCCUGUGUGGGCCAGGCAGCCGGCGUUCGGCCCCAAGCCCGCCUUCAUAUGGGCGGAGGACGGUGACGACCCGCGUGGCGGCGGCACGCCGUCGUACGCCGCGCUGACGUACUCCGAGCUGAACGCCGCCGCGCAGCGCAUGGCUCUCGGCCUGCUAGAGACCGUGCGCAGGGGUGACACCGUCCUCCUGCUCGCGGCGCCGGGCCUCCGCCUCGUCAAGCUCAUCUUCGCGUGCCAGCGCGCGGGGCUCGUGGCGGUGCCCAUCUCGCCGCCCGACCCAUCCAAGCUCGGCACGCCCACGGCCCACCUCCACCUCCUGCGCGCCGUGGCGCAGACGAGGCCGGCCGCCGCGGUCGCCGACGCGGGGUACAUUGGCGCGGUCAUGGAGUCGCCGGCCGCCGCGCUGAAGCGUCUGCGGUGGGUUUCGGUGGGCCACUUGGAGAGCAGGUGCUCGGGUGAUGCGGCAGCCGGUGGCAAGACGGGCCGGAGCCGGACGGGCUACGGGGGCUGCGCGCCGGGCGAGACGUACCUGAUCCAGUACACGUCGGGGGCCACCGGCGCCCCGCGGCCCGUCGUGGUCACCGCGGGCGCCGCGGCGCACAACGUGCGCGCGGCGAGGAAGGCCUACGACCUCCACCCGGGCAGCGUCGUCGCGUCGUGGCUGCCGCAGUACCACGACUGCGGCCUCAUGUUCCUCCUCCUCACCGUCGUCGCCGGCGCCACGUGCGUGCUCGCCUCGCCCGCGGCCUUCCUCCGGCGCCCGCGCCUCUGGCUCGAGCUCGUCGCCGAGUUCAGGGCCACGUGCACGCCGGUCCCGUCGUUCGCGCUGCCGCUGGUGCUCAGGCGAGGCCGCCCGGGGCACGGGACGCGGCCGCUCGACCUCGGGAGCCUACGGAACCUUAUCCUGGUAAACGAGCCCAUCUACGAGUCGUCGGUUGACGAGUUCCUGGAAGAGUUCGGCCGUGCCGGCCUAGACGCGGCGUCCAUCUCGCCGUCCUACGGGCUAGCGGAGAACUGCACGUUCGUGUCCACCGCGUGGCGCGGAACGGAAGCGAAGCUUUGGAGCGGCCGCCGGCUGAGGCUCCCGUCGUACAAGAAGCUCUUGCCGUCCGCCAGGCUACCGCCCCUGGCGUCUUCCCGCGAGGAGCCGGAAAUUGACAUCUUUAUUGUUGACGGACAGACUGGAGAGCCCGUGGAGGACGGCGUCGAGGGGGAGAUAUGGGUGUCCUCGCCGAGCAACGCGUCGGGGUACCUCGGGCUCCCGUCGGCGAGCCGCGAGGUGUUUUGUGCGAGGCUGCCAGGGAGACCCGGCGCGAGCUUCGUGCGCACGGGCGACUGCGGCGUCGUGCGCGGAACGGAGCGCUACCUCUACGUGCUCGGCCGGAGCGCGGACGCCAUCGCCACCGGCGACGGGCGACGGCGCGUGCACGCGCACUACGUUGAGACGGCGGCUUUCGGCAGCUCGCCGGGUUCACUGAGGGGAGGCUGCGUCGCCGCCUUUGCCACGCCGUCGCCGUCGUCGUUCGUGGUCGUGGCGGAGCUGCAAAAGGGAAGAGGCAAUGCGCAUCCGAGCAGCAUCUGCGACGGAAUAAGACGAGCCGUGUGGAAACAAGAAGGUGUGAAGGUCGGGCAUGUCGUGCUGGCCGAAAGCGGCGCCCUGCCGAAAACCACGUCGGGGAAGCUGCGGCGAGGCUCGGCGAGGGAGAUGCUCGCCGGCGAACUGAUCCCCAAGGUUUUCGAGGCGAUCUAUGACGAAGACGACAGGGGCGGCGCGUGGGCACGGGGCGGCGGCAAUGAGAUGGAGGUGUGCGGGACGAGUUGGGUGGUGGGAGAGGCCGGAUCAGGGGAGGUCACUGGCAUGGUCGUCAUGGCCAGUGGGAGUGCUAGUCACCGCCUGCGUUUGCAGUCAUCUCUCUGAAGCUUUGCUUGUACAACUGAACGUGAGUGUAGUUGAGUGUGCA